UCGUGUGUCAAAAUCUAUGUCGUCCUUCAUUCAUUGACUUUUUGCUGAGAUAUACACAUCAAGUCAGGCAUGCAAUACUUGUAUCGUCUUUUUUAUAUGAUAUAACGAAAGAAUCAGAGGAGUUCCAAAUGGUGUAAUUAAAUUUUUAGUUUCGGUUUUAAAAAGAAUAUUGAAACAUUACUUAACGAUGGACCGCUCAAAAAUAAAGAUUGAACAAGAUGUGUGGGAAAAUUCUUUCGUAGAACAAUUUUACAAUCGAGAAUGUCCUAUCUUUACACAUAAACAUGUACAUGAAAAUAUGAAAGAUGAUCCAAACUACGACGAGAAGAUUAAGCUGAUAGAGAAAUGUCAGGAACUUGGUAGAUAUACUUAUUCUAUAAGUAAAAAGCCACCAUUGAACAUAGCUAUCAUUGGCACACCAGGCGGAGGCAAAUCGUCGCUAUUAAACACCAUAUUUGCAAGUUUUAGUACAGAUUGUUGGAAAGAGUUCGUUAUAUUUGGAUCUCAUGGCAGAGCUGGUAAUACGAUUACAACAGAGUUCACAAGCUACAAGAAAGAUAGUUACUACAAACCUGUAGGAGAUCAUCGUAUGCCAACCUUUUUGGACAUGCCUGGAUUUGAGGACGAUGAAUCCAAAGAAACGUUAGCCCUUCUCGAGAUGGUAUUUACUGGUAGAAUAAAGGAACAGGAGAAAAUGAUAGAACUCAAAAAGUAUGCUCUCAAAUAUGGCGUACAUGCGUUGCUGACCAAAUACAAUAAGAGAGUAUGUCACCGUCCAGUUGAUCGGAUAAUUGUGGUCUGUACGUCAAAUCUCGACGAACCUUUACCAAAGAACUUUUUAAAUGCUGUUUGGGAGGCUGCAAGAAAACACCGAGGAAUACCGGUUUAUGGAGUAUUGACAUGCAGGGACAGAUAUCCUCCGGAUACCGUAGAAGACAAAAUUAAAGAAUUUCGCAAUCUCCUGGCAUUACCACAAUGUCGGUUUGCACAUAUUAUAAAUUACUGUGAUGCCAUUCAAGUUAGCAGAGGGGUACAUCGAGAUACAAUAAUUCCAUCGCUGGAUGUACCAGUAUUACAGUUCUUGAAACAGGUUUUGAAUCCACGUCAAGAAGAUCCAACACCGGAAGAAGUCAGUAAAAUGGACAUAUUGUCACUUUUCGCAUUCAUAUUCGCUGUAAUGGCAUUUGUAUAUGUACUUUUAACUUCCAAUAACUAACUUUGAUUGUGUUUAAAAUUCAUAGCCAUGAAACCAAUGUUAGACUUUGAGCGCGUCUUAAUUGAUAUAAAUUAUGUAAUAUAUAACUAUUGAUUUG